AUGGGGAUCCAGUUAUCAGAUGAAGAAUUCCAGGAGGCACUGAAGAUUGUUUUUGUGGAUGGAGAUGGGAAGGUGGAUUUUAAAGAAUUUUUAAAGGGUUUGACUGGCACUCAACAAUCCUCCGAAAACAUUGAGAUGGAAGAAGCCAUGAAAGCCAUCUGCUCCAUCAAAGAGGACAGGGUGGACAUUCAGCAGCUGGAUUCCAUUAUGAGCAGUAGGGGCAUACACUUAUCCCCAGAGGAGAUUCAGAAUGCUCUGGAGCUCAUUACUUGUAAAGAAAAGGACAUGCAGAUACCUCAAGAGGAACUAGAAGCCAUGGCCUUGUCCUCUUCAUGA